AUGAAGCUUUCUUUUGCCCUAGCUGGCCUGAAUAUUGCCCACCUUUCUGGCAUAGUCUCGGCCAUACCAACUCAACCUCAUCAUGAUGUUUCCAACGCCUCCUACGCGGCCGACAUGUUCACAACGGCGAUUGAAUGGAGCGAUGCCUACUGGGACGAAGAUGCCGGCUACUUACUUGCAUCAUCCAGCGGUCCUGGCCGCUACGACACUCGUCACAGUGCCUGGUAUGCGACUCAACUACUAGCCAGAAACGAACAAGGCGAUGUUGCAAGGGCAAUUCGAAUCUUCGAUAAUGUUAUUGCGGGCCAGUAUCUUGACCCCUCCAAGCAAUGGUACGGCGACUACCAGCAAGCACCAUCUCAGCCUGAACCUGGAACACCCAAGUAUCCCGAUGAGGGGCCAUAUAGCUCAUGGGAUCCUAAUGUCCGCGACUUUGUUGGAUGCGCUUGGCUAGUAGCGCUGAAUGACUAUGAGCAUCUGCUUCCAGUCACCACGGUAUCGAAAAUAGAGCGUUCGCUUCAUAUCGCGGCAAAGGGUGAUCUUUACCGCGUGGGUGGGGUCGACGGCGACAAUCUAUACCCCUGCUACUCAAAUCCCUGGAUAAUGCGAACAAUUCUUCAAAACUGGGUUGGUACUCGUUUGAACGACAAGAACUUGACUCAAGCUGGUGAGCAUUUUGCUCAGGAGCUGUAUGACCUUUGGAAUGUCCACCACACGCUUUCCGAGUUUAACUCUCCAACCUACGCUGGUGUUGCGAUGUGGGCUUUAGCGCUGUGGGGCCAAUACAGCAGUGAAGGAAGUUUGUUGAAAAAGUACACUCCAGAGAUCUUGGCCGCCAGCUGGAAUGAGCUUGCGCAGCUUUACAAUGCGAAUCUCAAAAAUACGGCUGGUCCCUGGGACCGUACAUAUGGGUAUGACAUGAAUUCAUACGCAUCCCUCACGGCUGCCGUUAUCUGGGGUGCAGUUGGUAGAGAACACGCACCUUUUCCACGACAAAUCUCGGGGAUGUAUCAUCAAGAAGAUUUCGCAUUCUAUCCACUUUUCGCACUUUCUAUGCCUGAGAUGCUGAAAUACCUGUCUCCUGAGUCCAAAUCGAGCCUCAUCAAAUUCCCAGGUGAUCAUUUCUACACAGCGAAGGCCUACUCGCCGCCGUUCGAUACCUAUCCUCGCAACAUCACAACCUGGAUGUCUAAGGAUUUGACAAUUGGCGCAGAAUCAAUUGCGGAAGCCAUUGUCGGAGGACCUGCGAAGAGUAGCAGUGCCUUUAGUCCUGCUCUCAUUCAGUGGGCAAUUGAUGAUAAGCAGGUGGGAUGCGUUACCCACUGGGUGACCGAGUCUUCGAUUGACGCCGUGGCUUCCAAGAAUGGCCUGCACAUUUCAUACCCCAAUGCUACGAUGGAAAAUGGACCCGUUUCAUUCAAUUUCCUUUUCAGUGGGCUCGGGAUCAACCACGGGGCCAACGUUACCGGGCUGGAAGGCCUUCCUGGAUUGGAUCUUAAGGUGAAAACAAACGCGCUAUCGAACUACAGCAUCGUUUACAACACGGAUCAAGAGGUUAAUGAGUUUAUCUUCUACAAUAUCACAUAUAGCAUGCCGGAGAGUUUUGACGAGGCUCCGUUUAUCUCUCUGCAGGUUGUUUGA